AUGAAUUAGAAGGAACCUUCUAUUCUUGUUUUGAAAUUGGGAAGUCAACCAAAUGUGGGAAAAUUACCACCAAAGGUGUUAUAAUAGAAUCCUACUACUGAGGUAAGAAGAAUGAAAAACAAAUCCAUUAGUUAACAUAUUAGUGGAAAUGGGCCUCAUUAAUAAGUAAAUUAUUAUAGAUAACCAAAUAAACGAAUAAUAUAUGACUCUACGCACUGCUUGAAUACUCUAAAUAAUCGUUCAUCAAGUAAUAGAAUGAAGAAAAUUCACUCAGUCAGUUCUCAUAUUAAUGAAAGUUUUAAUUAACAUCUUGAUGAUCACCCUCGAAACAAUAUAGUUUGCAAAGAAAUUGCAACUAGCAGCGAAUUGGAUGAAGGCAAGAGACUAUUUACUGAAAAUAAAGUUGAAGAAGCAUUAAAAAAUUUUUAAAAUUAUUAAAACAAAUAUGGAUUGCAUCCUGAAGCAUUGUACAUCUCGGGAUUAUGUUUCAUGACUCUAGAUUAAGAAGAAAAAUACAUUGAGUAAUUUUCGACUCUAAUAAAGACUUUUCCAAGAUUCAAAAGAACUUCAUAUAUGUAUUUAGCUCUUUCUCUCAAAAAAAAUAAUCUUAUCAAUGAAGCAAUACAUGUGAUAUCCUAAGGUAUCAAUCAUUUCAACAGAUACUUUGAAGCUCUGAUAUUUAGAGCUAAAUUGUUUUUGAAGAUUAAGAAUUAUGAAAAAGCUAUCAAAGACUUUCAAUCAGCAAUUUAAGUUAAUCCAAAUAAAUCUAUUUGCUAUGUUGGAUUAAGUGAUUGUUAUAAGCAAAUAAACUAAAUUCAGCAGGCUAUUGAAGAGUUGAAUAAGGCACUUGAAUUCGAAGAAUUGUCUAAAUCAAAAUAAAUUCUAUUAAAAAGAUUCACAAUCUAUUUAGACAAUAAAGAUUUCGAGAAAGCAAAAUAAGAUAUGAACCUAUUGCUUGAAAUUUGUCCAAAUGAUUCCGAAGUUUAUUAUUUUAAAGGAAUUUUAAUGCAAAAGUAGAAACAUCUUUAAGAUGCACUUUUGGCGCUUGAAUAGUCAAUUAAGGUCAAUAGUGAAAAAAAACCAGUCACUAAAGCUCUCUAUGAAAUUGUGAAAAUAAAGAUUGAAUAAAAUGAUUAUUAUUCUGCUUAGCAUGAACUUGAUAGAGCAACCUAUCUUGACGUUGAUAAUACACAAUUAUAAAAAUUUGAGCUCUUUGUUGGAGGAGCUAUUUAUUUAAUGAAAAGGAAAUUUGAAGAUGGUGUCUAAUUGUUAACAGAAAUGAUCACUAAGAAUCAUUAAAGUGAUAAUCUGAAAUUCUAAGCCCAUCAAUAUAGAGCCUAUGGAUAUUUUUGUAUGUCGAAGUUCAAUCUAGCGAAACAAGACUUAGAAUUAUAUUAGGAAAAUCUUUUGGAGAAAGCAUCUCUUUAUAAUAAGCUUCUUUGUUAUGGUAUAAUUAAAUAUGAGGAUAAUGAAUUAGAGUAAAGCAGAAGAGAAUUCUCGCUUGCUCAUAAAAUGCUUCCAAAUAAGAUGGAACCCUUAUUUUAUCAAGCCAUUAUUCAAAUUAAAAAAUAUUGCUCUUGUCCCCAAUCGAGUGAAGAAAAUAGGAUAAAAUAUCUUAAGGAUGCUUUAAAUUUACUUGAAGCAGCCUCAAAGAUUUGUGAGUAAUCAAACUUGCUUUUCUACAAAGGGAUCUUGCACUUUGCCUUUGGAAAUCUAGAGAAAUCUGCCUUAGACUUAGAACAGGCCAUUGAUAAGUCAGAAGAUAAUCAAGCAUAGCAUUAUUAUGUAAGAGGAUUGCUUCAUUGUCAACAAUAACUAUUUAAAUAGGCCGUCAACGACUUUACAAUUUGCUUAAGUUUAGAUUAAAAUCAUUCGGAAUCCUAUCUGAAUAGAUGUAAACUAUUAACAAUGAUGGGAGAAGUCGGCACUGCUUACCUAGAUCUAUAAAAAUACGUUGAAUUAAGGGAGUAAUAUUCAAUAAACUAUCAAACUGUAGGAAUUCUAUACUUUUUAAUUGGAGCUUAUGAUGAAGCUAUCCAAGCAUUUAGUAAUUGCAGGAACAUUGAAGGAUAUUAUGAGAAAGUUAAAGUCUUAAUUUAUGGGAAGGAAUUGAAUUCAGCACUCAAUGAGCUAACCAUUAUUAUAGAAGAAAUGCAUAACCAAGAAGCAGUGGUUGAUCAUUAAGUCUUAACUAUACUUAGGGAAACUAGUUUACAAAUAUCCACAAAGAUUUUGGAAGAUAGCAUUAACAGCAUAACCUAAAUCUAAAAAACGUAAUAGGAAGGCUUGAUAUUUAGAUCAUCUGAUAUCUAUUUUUAUAAAGGCUUAUUCUAUACUCAUUUGGGGCAAUAUUCUAAAGCAAAAUAGUGCCUUACCUUUUCAUAUGAUUUAAAGGAAAAAGAAAUUAAAUCGUCGAUAAACGACUAAUUAAUUAAUUAGAACAAUCUUGAAGAUUUUGAUUUCAGCAAUAAGACUUACAAUAUCUAUGAGCAUCUCUAUAAUUGUGCAAUUCUAGAUGUUCUGUUAGGGAAUAUGGAUGAAGCCUUUGAAACUCUCACUUUACUUCUUGAGCAUUUAAGUUAAAUAGAAUUUAGAGCUCAAUUGUAGAUCUUAUUGGAUUUAUUACGCGAUGAUUUAUUGGAUACACCUCCUGGAGAACAGUUUUCGUAAAUUUAGGAAUUCUAAUUAUUCCCUUAACAUAAUCGAUUAUGUUCAAUCUAUCCUGCAGUUUAAUUCUAAUUGAAAAAGUAUUCUUUCUAAAUUAGAAUGUCAUUUUGUCUACCAAUCGUUGAAUUCCCUUCAUAACCUAUUUUAUUUGAUGAGCAGCUACUUCUAAAAAUAUCUCCUAAAGUUGUGGAGAAUAAGCCAGAAGCUCCUUGGAUUAAAAGGUCAAAUGAAGGAGUGAUCUUUACGGAUAACAUUUAAUGUGUUGAUGAGUUGGAUCUACAAUCUACUGUUAGAAAAGAAGACAUCGAAGAAAAGCAGUAAGAAAUUACUGAACAUUAAAAAGAGAAUGAAAUAACUAAAUUAAAAGAGAAACUUAAGUUAGAUGAUUAAAUAGCUAAAAAAUUGAAUUCGAUAUUGUAAUAAAAUGAAAAAUGA